GGUUGCAGGGGGGUUGCUGUGUGAGAAUGAACACAAGUGGCCAUCAGAUGUGAUCACACCCUCUGUACCUUCCCCAGCCAGCACCUCCCUCCCACUCCUCUUAUAGAGCUCCCCUCUCCAUAUCUCAGGUUACUUGUGUGCAGACCUGCAGCUCCAGAAGACGCAUCCAUCCAGCCCCACAGCUUGGAUUGGGCAGCCUGUCCUGACAUAGCAGAGCGCUGAGUGCUGCUGCCGGACGUGUUUCAACAGAUGGUUGGGGUUAGAGUGUGUCAUCACUGCUGGAGUGGGGAUUAGAGCAGCGCUGGAGCUGUGUGGUCUUCUGCGAGGGGAGACACCACCAGAGCUUCUCCAGGAAAACCAAAAGCUUGGACCUAUCUUUGCUGAAAGUCCAGAUGUUAUAACAAAAUGUUGGUCUUCACAAAGAAGCCAUUCCUUGUUGAUAGAUAUCUUUAACCAACUGCAGAUUGCCUACAAAUAGAAGACGCAACAACAUCAUCAUCCAUUGCCAUUGAGUCGGCCUGCCGGUCUACAAUGCAGUAUUACUGUUUUGCACUGCUCAUCAUGCUGCUGCCAGCAAGCUAUUGUACGUCUAUGAAAUCGCCCCGGCUUAGAGGACGGAUUUCUCCAGAUAGAAAAAAUAUUAGACCGAAUAUUAUUCUUGUCCUCACAGAUGACCAGGAUGUGGAAUUAGGAUCGUUGCAGGUGAUGAACAAGACCAGAAAAAUCAUGGAAGAAGGAGGGGCACAUUUUGUCAAUGCCUUUGUGACGACUCCUAUGUGUUGUCCAUCCCGUUCGUCAAUGCUUACUGGAAAAUACGUUCACAAUCACAACAUCUAUACAAACAAUGAAAACUGCUCCUCUCCUUCUUGGCAAGCCAUGCAUGAACCUCGCACCUUUGCAGUAUAUCUCAAUAAUACAGGAUACAGGACAGCAUUUUUUGGAAAAUACCUCAAUGAGUACAAUGGAAGCUACAUACCUCCAGGCUGGAGAGAAUGGCUGGGACUGGUCAAGAACUCCCGAUUCUAUAACUACACAAUAUGCCGGAAUGGAUACAAAGAAAAACAUGGAUUUGAGUAUGAAAAGGACUAUUUCACAGAUCUCAUCACCAAUGACAGCAUUAACUACUUUAAACAGACCAAGAGGUUGUACCCGCAUCGGCCAGUCAUGAUGGUCAUCAGUCACGCUGCACCACAUGGGCCUGAGGAUUCUGCACCACAGUUUUCAGAGCUCUUUCCAAAUGCUUCCCAGCAUAUAACUCCAAGCUACAACUAUGCACCAAAUAUGGACAAACAUUGGAUCAUGCAGUAUACUGGUGCCAUGCUACCAAUUCACAUGGAGUUUACAAAUGUGCUUCAUAGGAAGAGGUUGCAGACGCUUAUGUCUGUGGACGAUUCGAUGGAGAAGCUAUACAACAUGCUGGUUGAAACUGGAGAACUGGACAACACUUACAUCAUCUACACAGCCGACCAUGGCUACCACAUAGGACAGUUUGGCCUUGUGAAAGGAAAGUCCAUGCCAUAUGACUUUGAUAUUCGAGUCCCUUUCUUUAUUCGUGGUCCAAAUGUGGAGCCGGGAUCAAUUGUGCCUCACAUUGUGAUAAACUUGGAUAUCGCCCCCACUAUUUUGGAUAUUGCAGGUUUGGACCCUCCUCCUGAUAUGGAUGGGAAGUCUGUCCUUACUUUGAUGGAUAUAGAGAGGCCAGGAAAUAGACUUCGAACCAAUAAAAAACCCAAGAUCUGGAGAGAUACAUUCCUGGUGGAAAGAGGAAAGUUCAUCAGAAAGAAAGAGGAACCAAACAAAACUACUCCUCAGUCAAAUCAUUUGCCAAAGUAUGAGCGUGUGAAGGAGCUGUGCCAACAGGCUCGGUACCAGACAGCUUGUGAACAGCCGGGCCAGAAGUGGCAGUGUAUAGAAGAUAUGUCGGGGAAAUUACGGAUUCAUAAGUGUAAAGGAUCCACAGAUGUUUUAUCCCUAAGGAAGAGAACAAGAAGUAUAAACGCAAAGGGCUAUGGAAGCAAACAUAAAGACUGCAUCUGCCCAGACACGGAUUAUAGGACAAGUAAAAACCAGAGGAAAAAACAGAGGAUCUUCUUGAGAUCUUCCAACUCGAAAAAAUUCAACCCUCGUUUUGUUCAUACCCGUCAAGCACGUUCUUUAGCCGUUGAAUUUGAAGGAGCUAUCUAUGAUAUCAGUUUGGACGAUGAGGACAGUGUUUCGUCUUCACGGACCAAAAGACAUUAUACCUCUGAAGAAGAUGCAGAAGAGACUGAGGAUGAAGAAGAGGAGGAGGAGGACGAGGACACAUUCACAGCCCCAAGUGAAGAUGAUGUAAUGGUGGCUGAUGGGGUGAUUGAAACCAGUCAUUUGGCAUCUGUUCGAGUCACACACAAGUGUUACAUCCUUGCCAAUGACACAGUACAUUGUGAAAGAGAACUGUACCACUCAAGUAGAGCCUGGAAGGACCACAAAGCUUACAUUGACAAGGAGAUUGAAGCGUUACAGGACAAAAUAAAGAAUUUAAGAGAAGUAAGAGGACAUCUGAAGAGAAGAAAGCCUGAUGAAUGUGACUGUAGCAAGUCUGGGUUUUACAAAAAGGAGAAAGGAAUUAGGACUCAAGAUAAGAUAAAGGGCCAUGUCCAUCCAUUCAAGGAAGGAGCUCAAGAGGUUGACAACAAAUUACAGAUCUUUAAGGAGAACCGUAGACGGAAAAAGGAGAGAAAGGAAAAGAAACGUCACAAAAAAGGAGAAGAAUGCAGCUUUCCCGGUCUCACUUGCUUUACUCAUGACAACAACCACUGGCAGACUGCUCCGUUCUGGAAUUUGGGAUCUUUCUGCGCCUGUACCAGCUCCAACAAUAACACAUACUGGUGCCUGAGAACUGUCAAUGAGACUCAUAAUUUUCUGUUUUGUGAAUUUGCAACUGGUUUCUUGGAAUAUUUUGAUAUGAACAUCGAUCCAUAUCAGUUAACAAACACUGUACAUACUGUGGAGAGAGGAGUAUUGAAUCAGCUUCACAUACAACUGAUGGAACUAAGAAGCUGCCAAGGUCAUCGACAAUGCAACCCAAGGCCAAAAGGACUAGAAACAGAGGACAACUAUGGGACGGAUGGGAAGGUUAACCUGCCAAAUUUCACAGAGGAUGUUGACUGGAAAGGACUGGAAGAUUUGUACAGCGUAAAUGAAAGCUUGUAUGGCUACAGAAACAACUACAGGCUUAGUCUGGAUGACUGGGCUAAUUACUUGAAGGAUGUAGAUAGAGUUUUUGCACUGCUGAACAAUAUCCCUAAAAAAAAUACAGCAAAUUCAACUGUGGUUGAACAAAUUUCUGGGCCUUCCGAUACUUCAUCUGUGGUGGAAAUGUCCUCUGCUGACUCCGAAGACGAAUUUAGUGGUUUAGUUGCAGAAGAAAGGGAACCUAAAAUAGAAGCCAACUUUGGUAUCUUGAAUUUGAGCACAGUGAUAUUUAAUCACAAGAAAAAACUUGAAACAAAUAACGAUAUUCCUGGCAGGAAAAAAACUAACCAGGCACACUGGAUCAAGAGUAAAACAGAAAAAUGGAAAGACCAUGUAGAUUUAGAUACUUAUGUAAUGGAUUUCAGCGGAAAUGGGUUCAUGGAACUAGAAUCCAAAAGUUCUUCAAAUAUUCAGACUAUUCGUUAUGUCCCUACAGAAUCGCAACAGCAUCAAAGUCAUGCAAGUGAAGAUAUUUUUGAAGAUCAGAUAUACCUUCCUAUUGAUUCUGUGACUCAACAGAAAAGCAAUUUUUCAGCUGCAGAUCAGGCAGAUGAUUAUGAAGAUCAAAAAAGCACAAAAGCCCAAUCUACAAAAAAUUCUCCAGAAGAGAAUAAUAGAAACUUUGAUGUAGAAGGCAGUGCCUGAUCCCUUGCCUUUUCAAACAUGUGCAUGACAAUACAAAAAAAGAGCAGUCAAAUAUUUGUGGCACUUGACAUUCCAGAUUUGGUAUUCUUAACUGCUUCACUUUAUUAGAUCAUAAUUUGUGCAAAUGGUUUCACCCUUCAGUCCCCAUAUGACACUUGUUACCUACAUCACAUCACAAAGUUUACUUUAAUACUAUAUUGUUGACACGUUCUUUUAUUUGCUGUUCACCAUUUGGGCUCAUAUUUUUGUGCAUUUAAACACCACACAUUAUCUCACAUCCCCACUAAAAAAUGUUGUUAUAUUUUACUUUCUAACCACUGGAAAUUUUUUUAAUUAAACUAAUUUUGCACUUUUUUGAAGCUUUUUCAGCUUGAUCACAAAGUUUAUCCCGUUUACUUUCAUCUCUCUAUGAUGCAUAUGUGAGGAAUUGUGCAUAAAAAACUAAGAUUUUGUGCCAAAAAUGUGCCUUAAAAGAUUGCAUUCAAAAAUUUGCAUGUACCUAAAAAUAUAUGUGCAGGUGUAUUAUCUUUUUUAAGUAUACAAGAAUUUUAAAGAUAGUAAUCAACACAAAAAGCUUGUAAUGGUGCAUUGUAUGAAAAGACAUCUGUACUUGCAGGUAAAGAGCUGAUUGAUCAUGAAAAUCAUAUUCGAUGUGUACCUCAAAAGUCUUGUUUUACUCGUUUUCUCAUAGGAUUGUUUUUGGCUUCUACAUGAGACCUAAAACCUCCUUCAUCACAUUUGAUCCAUGGAGUAACCAAUAUUUUUAUUCUUCGAGCAGUCCUUACAUGGUCUAUAUACAUACUGUAUGCUAAACAUUAAUUGUUGCUGUGCAUGUCACCGACCUGAUGGCUGUACAAACGUAUUUAUGGUGAUGAAAGUACUUUUUUUUGUCCUUUUUGUAAAUAGAUUUCAGAUUAUAGGUUUUGUGUUUUUUUUAAUCCUGUAUAGUAUCUGUUAUACUUUUAUAGAACAACUCGGGCUUCAGGAAAGUCACGAAGCAACGUUUCUUCAAAUAAAAAAUGUGCUUUCAUUUUACAAAUGAAA